AUUCCUCCGCCUCCAAGCAUCGACUGUGGGUCGCUAAUAAUACCCAUCAAUCAUUUUCAUGUUUAACGGAGCGGACAAAUUAGAUCAGUGACCACCGCGUUUGAAACAACAAUCACAACGAGAUGAUAUCGUCAAAUCAGAGGAAUCUCUAAUGACCCUUCCAGACCAUCCAGAUCAUCUUCGUUCCUUGAGUCCUUUCUUCCUACCCCUGGUUUCGCCUGAUAAGCAAAACAUUGGCCUCAGUUCCUGCCCACACCGAAGUCUGUGGGUGGUAUAUUUCAACCUCGCUCAAUCUAGACCCCAUUUAGUCUCAUUCUCUGAAGGCAAUCUACUAUCAUCAUUACUCUUAUUAUUAUUGUCAUCCCUCAACCGUCUACUACGCAUAAAUAGAAAGCAUGGAUAUCACCGCUCAGAACUUUGGGCUAACUCUCCCUAUGCUCCUAGACGAGUUGUCAACCUGCUGUUUUGUAGCCCUGGACUUCGAGUUCUCAGGAAUAGCAAAAUCUCUCGAUGGAGGCACGAGCCGGAGGAGCACGCUUCAGGAGCGGUACGAAGAGGUCAAGACAUCUGCCGACCACUUCCAGAUUCUGCAGGUCGGCUUGACCAUCUGUCAUGAAGACCCGAAGGAAGGUAUCUACACCCUGCGGCCGUAUAACCUGUAUUUGAGCCCGAUCAUUGACGACAGGCUCGGAAUCGAAAGGCACUGGUCCUUUCAAAGCAGCGCUGUUUCGUUUCUCUUGACCCACAGGUUUAGCAUGGACUCGCUCUUCAGAAAUGGCGUGGGUUACUUAUCUCGAGACGAAGAGAUCAAGGCCGUUGCCAGGGUCACUGAAAGGUUCAAACGUCCGGAAGCGACGACCACAAUAGGUGUUGAUGAAACCGAGUCUGAAUCAAUUGCCUUUCUCCAAGAAGUGCGACGUCUUGUGGAUGAGUGGCUUGCGCUUGGUACAGCCCGUGGUAACUACCUCAACAUUCCACCAGCCAGUCGUCCCGGUGCAGUCGAAAAGCCUGGUCUCAUGCCGGUGGAGCUUAAUAGAUUCCAAAAGAGACUCAUAUAUCAACUUAUAGAGGUGGAGUACCCGUUGCUGAAAGCUUUCGGACGGCCGGCCGGGUUCCUGCAAAUCAUAGACCGCGACGAGAAGCGGGAACAAGCCGUCCUUGCGCAGAAAAUCGAGUCUACGCAGAAGAGAGCUUGGGAACAGACGGGGUUCAGAUGGGUCGCCGAGGCUCUGGCUGGUGGUGAUCUCACCAAUCUCCCGCAGGACUACUUCAGCAACCGCUGGGCAGGCUUGCAAGGGCCAAGGCCCCAGCUGAAUUCAGAUCAAAUCAAGCAAGGCCUGCGAGCCACUCGACCAGUGCUCGUGGGCCACAAUCUUUUCACCGACCUGAUAUACUUCUGCCGAUGCUUCUUCGGGCCUCUGCCGGAUCGUGUCGAGGAGUUUCAAUCGAUGACUCAUGAGAUGUUUCCUGUUCUGAUGGAUACAAAAUAUAUGGCUACCCAUGAUUGCGGUUCCAUCAACCCUACGUCUUCCUUGCAAGAUAUUCACAACAAGCUGGCUCCCAACCCUUACCCGAAGACCAAGCUUGCUUCUCGGCAUACAAAAUACGAAGCUCAAGGCAUCAACCAUGAGGCGGGCUAUGACAGUUUGCUCACCGCCGAAGUCUUCAUCAAGCUCUCUGCACAGCUUCGGGACCGGGGCGCAGACGAUGAACCUACACCGCCAGCCCAGGAGCUUAUCUGGCAGGGUCAACCGAUUACACAGAUACAGACUCCAGACAGGGGCGCAUACAAAACUGAGUUUGGGCAGGGCCAGAGGCUGAGCCUGCCUAUCCAACAACAGAAUCGAGACAGAAGCAAGAACACACAGGGGACAGGAUUAACUCCAAAGUCUGGUCGGCCUGCGUCGGCUGAGUCGCACGAGCAGCUCGUUGAGCACACGAUCAAUAAUUAUAUGAAUCUCCGCACGGGCGAGGCUGAGGAGGCCAGCAAGAGCGCGGCUCUCAGUGUCAGCGCCGGGUCGCCAGGAGCGUCUGGGAUGGCGCUGAGACCCAGUAACUCGAUAGCAAUCCAAGAUAGAGCUAACCGUGGACGGCUGAUCCCUCGACUAGACGCCAAGUUCUGGAGCACCUACGGAAACAAGUUGCGUGUCUUUGGGACGCAAGAGAGGGUGUGCCACUUUGGGCCUUCCGCCUCCGACUCUAGAGUGUGCAGAAGCUGUCAAGAGACCAUCGUCCGCCGACAAUAUGCCUCUGCUGCGACGACGCAGGGCACCCCCGAGACCACGACGGCGCCGCCCAGCUCGGCCUUCCCCGUCGUGAAGCCCACCCACACCAUCAAAGCCGGCGUACUGCUGUCCCGGCAGCCCCAGAUCACCCGCGACCUGACCGAUUUCGAGAAGGCGUACUUCUUCUACCAGCGCCGCCUGAACGAGCGGCUGACGCUCCCCUUCACCAAGUACUUCUACUUCAAGCGCGGCACGCCCGCCGACGAGGACUGGAAGCGCAAGAUCCGCGAGCGCCAGACCGCCGCCCGCGACAUCGGCAAGUACAACGCCUACUCGAAGGACGCGUGGAACGACGAGCUGCUCGUGGGCGCCGUCGAGUCCGACCCGGCCCACCAGGUCGAGAUGCUCGUCCAGGACGCCGAGGCCACCGCCAAUGCCACCUCCCAGGACACCAGCAAGAAGGAGGAGAUCCCCCGGCCGUUCCCCCGGUGGACGGAGGCGGAUGAGAAGGGCGACGACAAGAGUCUGAACCGGGCCCUGCAGCGGACGCUGUAUCUUCUCGUGCAGUCGAAGGAGGGAUACUGGAAGUUGCCCAGCUCGGCGGUGGAGCCGGAGGAGACGAUGAAGCAGGCUGCCCAACGUACCCUCGCCCAGGCGGCGGGUGUCAACAUGAACACCUGGUUCGUGGGCUACCACCCCGUCGGCCACUACGUCUACAACCUCCGCAAACCCUCCUCGGAGCUCCGCGGCGAGAAGACCUUCUUCAUGAAGGCGCGCAUCUUCACCGGCCAGGCCGACUUGACUGGCAAUGCUGAUAACCUGACCGAUUUCAAGUGGUUGGCCAAGGACGAGAUCGCCAAGUACGUCCGGCCACAGUACUAUGCCAGCAUCAAGAACAUGUUGGCCGAGCGGUAAACGAAAACCUCCUGAGGAUGUUUUUGCUUCGUUUCCACUGCUGUUAGGAUAGAAUUAGAUUGUUGAGGGGGUCUGCGGGGUGUGUGUGGCAGUUAGAACCGGGAAUAUCUGCAUAUAUUUUGUAUGUGUGUGUGCGUGUGUGUGUCAUGUAUAACUAGCUUUUUUUACUACCAAAGUUCUUAUUCCAGUUAACUGUUGGAUAUCAUGUGCAAACAACCGUCUGCUGCCUUGACCUUUCUCUUGCAAUUGCACCCCUGAACGCCAUGCCACUCACGAGAGAGAUAUUUACCUAGUAAUCCCCCCGAUGAUAAGGAAAAAUCAUAACACCCACACGGACGAAACCAACAUCUCAAACAACAAACCAAACCAC